AUGUCUGGCGCCGCAAACCGACAGGGAAAGAUGCAAAAUCUAAUCAACUACCGCAUGAAAGUUACACUCCAAGAUGGUAGGCAAAUGGUCGGGCAGAUGCUCGCAUUCGACAAGCACAUGAACCUCGUUCUCGCCGACACAGAAGAGUUCCGACGCACACGAAGAAGGGGCAAGGCCGCGCCCGGCGCAACCCAGCAGGUCACCGAGACUGAAGAGCGACGCGCAAUUGGACUUACUAUUAUUCGUGGCGCGCACGUAAUCUCAUUAUCUGUCGACGGACCACCGCCUGCCGACCCUGCCGCGCGACUCGGGAACGCUGGAGGAUCAACUACUGCUGCUGCGCUGGCUGCGGGACCUGGUGUUGCGCGUCCAGCUGGACGUGGUCUCCCAGUCGGUCUUACUGGCCCAGCUCCUGGUGUUGGGGGUCCUGGUCCUGGUUUCGGAGGUGGCUUCCCAGGCGCACCUGGAGGCUUUGGUGGCCCGCCUGGCUUCCCAGGUCGUGGCGGACCUGGUGGACCACCCGGUUUCCCUCCCGCUGGUGGACCGCCUGGAUUCGGAGCACCACCAGGCUUCGGAGGACCGCCCGGUUUCCCUGGUCGCGGUGGGCCUGGCUUCGGUGGCAGGUAG